UGAAAAACCUGCAGAAUUCCUCUCAACCAAAUAGGGCCUUAGGAUGCUUCCGGCCUAUUAUAAACAUGUCCGCUCUUUCGACAAUACUCUUGUGACCAAGUUCUUCGGUCUGCACUGUGUAAAAAUCAGAGGAGCUAUCCAGAAGAAGGUUAUAUUAGGAUGUGAUUGACAGUUCAAUGAUUACUUUGUUCAGAAGAUAAGUUACUGAAAGAUGAUAUAUAUGCCUGAGAAUUAUCUGCUCCCAUUAUGUGAUUCAUCGGAGAUUCGACUUGAAAGGAUCAUCGCAGGGCCGCAUGCCCGACAAACCUAUCGAUCAAAUCGAUGAGCACACCACUUUGAAGCAUCUUGAUCUCAAUUUCAUUUUCCGGUUAGGCGGAUCCCGGUUCCAGGACUUGUGCAGGCAAGUGGACAGAGAUUGCGAGUUGCUGGAGCAAGAGAGGAUCAUGGGUUACAGUCUUUUCGUCGGCAUUCACUUCAAGGAUCGAUGUCAUGAGGUUGGUGAUGGCAUAACAAAAGAUCAGAGGCAGAAAGUGAAAGCUUCAGGUUUCUUCAAAGUUUCUUUUGGUAACUUGUUUCUUUAUGAGCUCAAAGGUGUUUCCCUUUGCUCGGCAUGA